AUGGAGGUGGACCCCGGUCAUGAGUCCGACGGCGAGCUUCCUGACGAGGGGCCAAUUGAGGACCCUCUUGUUCCUCCUGAGGACGAAGAUGACGAGGCCGAGGACGACGAUGUUCGUGAGGUCAUCGACGAUCGUGAGGACGACGACGUUCAUGAGGUCGUCGAGGAACCCAUCGAAGUCGCCCCCUGGGAUCUAGUUGACCCCGACUUUUUGUCAAACAAGCACCUUGCGGAUCGAGGAUUCAUAAAUAAGGGAGAGAAAGCCGGCGAAGCGGAGCAUCUUGCUUACUCUACGUGUUGGUUGUCUGCAGCCGUCGGUGUCUUUUUCGGCUUGGGCUGGAUCGGACUCGGUUGGUACAUGAACCACGCGGACGUAGUCGAGCACUUCAAAGACGUAGAAGAUGCACUACAAGAAACAAAUGAGGUCCACGAUGCUGCCAUCAUCGAUGUGGACGAUUUUCAACGAGUCAGUAAAUAUCUUGAAGCCCUUGGAACCGUCAUCGUUAUUUUUUCUUGCUUGGGACACGUGAUGAUUUUCAUCAAGAACAAAGUUGGAAUGGCACUUUUCUCGGCUUAUCUUUGUUGCUCGCUUUUGUUUGUUACUGUAGUCGGAAUCGUGUUGUUACAAAACGGCGAGAAAAUAAUGACAAAAGUGAAGCAGGACUCGAUCCGUUUCUGGAAAAUGUCUGUUCAUCCUUUGAGCCCGAUCGACAAAUAUCUCCGGCGAUACGAGGCCUCCCGCGGUUGCUGUGGCUGGAACAACGCCAUAGAUUAUUGCGACCAAAAGGCAGUCGAAGAUUUGAUGGAGUCGGUGAUUGAUGAAGGAGUCACCGAAAAUAUCAUCAAGUACGAUCCGAGCCUCCGAGAUGCCAAAGAAGAUGGCUCGUUUUCUGACGAUUAUGCCGGCUAUUCAGACUACAGUUAUGAUGAAUAUGCAACAAGCUAUAGUUCAAAUGAAACAGACUCGUUGAAAGGCAGUACUCCUGAUGAUUCUUCUUUGUACAGUUUCGCUGAUUCUGACUCGGAAAUUGUCGAUUGCAACGAAAAUGAUUCGUACAACGGCGAUGAAUCGUGUAUUUGCGCGACGAUUGAGCAGUUUGCCGACAGCUCAGUAUCGACCGGGCUUGAAAAUCUCAAGCAAACAGUUUGUGUCCACGACACUCCUCUUUGCUAUCAUGAUUCUUACGACGAUGCUUGCUUCAGUCACAAUUCGUCAGAGCCCUGGCGUUCUACAGGCGAUAUCAGAAGAGAUGUUUACCUGAUACUUCUUGUCGCCUCGAUUUUAACUUUUGCGGUGAAUGCUAAGGACAUCAACGCGAAGAUAAAACAGGACUCUGUCCGUUUCUGGAGAAUGGCGACUCAUCCGGCCAGUCCUUUUGACAAGUUCCUUCGUCGCUACGAAAUGGACAACAACUGCUGCGGCUGGAACAACGCGAUUGAUUACUGCGAUCAAACGGCACUGUAUUCGUUGAUGGAAACUGUCAUAGAUCAGAAAGCCACAUUGAAGGCAAUCAAUUACAAUGCCGAUGCAGAAACAGACUACAGCUCGUCGUUUUAUCCCGAGUACAGUUCGAAUGUGUACUCCGUUGACUACUCGAGCUCCUCAAACGAUGCUCUAAAGUCCGCUAGCGAUUACGGCUACUGCUCAGACGAAGAAGAAUAUGAUGGCGACGAAGCCUGCAUAUGCAAUACUGUUGAGAGCUUUGGAAGUGCCGGAAACGGCUUUUUGGACCUAAAAUAUUUGACCUGUAUCCACAACUCUGAAGUUUGCCACUUUUCAGAAAGCAUCACUUGUGCUUCGGAUAAUCCCGAAGAGGAGGAGUAUCAGCCCUGGAGAACAACUGCUUUUCCUCAGAAUAUUUCUAUCAGUGAAGUUUGUGGCGCCGAAACAUGCUUUAUCAACGGCUGUGGUGAUAUUUUCUCGGACGACUUUUGGAAAUACGGAUUUACCAGGCCUGGUUCAAUUGAAGUUAUUUACAAAUAG